GCCGGUCUUCUCGAGAAGCGAGCGCCAUGUUGGUGAACAGCAGCAGUUUCGACGUGCGCGCUUUCUGCCAAAACCUGCGUGCGACAAAGCCCCCUUACGAAUGCCCGCUGCCCAACUGCGGUCGCAUCUACAAGACUUACUCGGGCAUCCAGUUCCACCUGUACAACUUCGAGCACGACGGGAGCAGCGGCGGCAGUACCGCCGCUGCACCGCCGCCGAGUAGCAAGAAGAACAAGCGUGGACGAUGGCACCACCGGCAGAAUCGGCGCUCUCCCACACCGCCGCCGGGGCUCAUACCGGCCGCACGCGAGGCGCUCACGUAUGCCGAGGCCCAGUCCUCUCCCGUAAGCUCGCCUAGUAAUGCGAUGCUUUGCGGUGCCCUGCAGAAGAUCGUGGAGGUGGACCUUGAUGGCUGCCUACACCGCAUCAACAUCUGCGAGCCGCUGGACCUGGUCGCUGCAGAGCCCGAGGCCGCGAGCGAGCCAGAGCCCACUGCCGCCAGUGCGAAAGCCAAACUGCCCGAGGCGUCCUUCCGGUUGGUGCCAGACUACGACCCCCCCGACGCGCCCCCAAGACCCGCUUCGUACUACCGCUUUAUGGAACGUUCUGUUGAGGAGCUCGACGAGGCUGUGGAAUACGACAUGGACGAGGAGGACUGUGCCUGGCUGCAGCUGAUGAACAGCCGACGGCGCGCCGAGGGUCUUGGUGAAGUAAGCUGCGAUACGUUUGAGCUGCUCAUGGACCGUCUCGAAAAAGAGUCCUACUUCCAGAGUCAGACGAGCGGUCGUGAUCUGGGGCCGCCCAUCGAUGAGGAUGCUGUGUGUGCCAUCUGCAGUGAUGGCGAGUGCCAGAACUCAAAUGCAAUCCUGUUCUGUGACAUGUGCAACCUUGCGGUGCACCAGGAGUGCUACGGCGUGCCCUACAUUCCUGAAGGCCAGUGGCUGUGCCGCCGGUGUCUGCAGUCACCAUCGCGUGCCGUGGACUGCGUGCUCUGCCCCAACAAAGGCGGGGCCUUCAAGCAGACGGACGAUGGCCGCUGGGCACAUGUGGUGUGUGCUCUCUGGGUACCCGAGGUGUGCUUUGCGAAUACGGUCUUCCUCGAGCCCAUCGACAGCCUGGGCAACAUACCGGCCGCCCGUUGGAAGCUCACCUGCUACAUCUGCAAGCAGCGUGGCGUCGGCGCUUGCAUCCAGUGUCACCGGGCGAACUGCUAUACUGCCUUUCACGUGACCUGUGCCCAGCAGGCGGGCCUCUACAUGCGCCUCGAGGAAGCCACAGGACUGCAUGUGCGCAAGGCGGCUUAUUGCGACGUUCACGCACCUGCCGCGCCCGUGAGUAGCUCGCCGCCGGCCACCCCCCCGCACCGCCUGCCAGCAAGCUCCCACUGCCCGGGUUCCGAGAGUGGGGACAAGGCGGACGUGGUGCGCAAGGCUCAGGCCAAGGCGCAGUCGCGGGAGAAAAUGCGCAAGGCACGCAAGAUCCUGGCUGAGAAGCGAUCGGCCGUACCGGUCGUGUCGAUUCCCAUGCUGCCCAGUGACCGGCUGGCCAAGAUAGCCACACUGACGACGCUAGCUCGCAAGCAGGCAUUCCUCGAACGCCUGCUGGGCUACUGGACCCUCAAGCGGCAGUCUCGCAACGGCGUGCCCUUGCUGCGGCGGUUGCAGAUGGCGCACCCUGGUGGUGGUGGCCGACGAGGUGGAGAGCUUCGUGAUGCCGACGAGGCCGGUGGAGGGCUGCGCGAGCAGCUAAAGUUCUGGCAACGACUGCGACAGGAUCUGGAGCGUGCACGCCUGCUCGUCGAGCUGAUGCGCAAGCGCGAGAAGCUCAAGCGCGAGCAGCUGCGCCUCCAUCAGCUGGCCACCGAGCUGCUGCUGUGCCCGCGUGACGUGCUUCUGAGCCGCCUGCUUACCCAGCUGCGCGAGCUCGAUCCGACGGACAUCUUUGCACAGCCAGUCAACCUCAGUGAGGUCCCCGACUACCUGAACUACAUUCAGAAACCAAUGGACUUCUGGACAAUGGAGCAAAAGCUGAAGCGGCACGAGUAUUCCAGCUUAAAAGACUUCGAAGCUGACUUCCAUCUAAUCAUUGAUAACUGUAUGACGUACAAUUCACGUGACACGCUCUACUACAAAGCCGCAGUCAAGAUGCGUGAGCAAGGAAAUUCAGUGAUUAGUCAGGCCCGAGCUGCAGCAAAUCGGUGUGGCUAUGACCCUGUCAGUGGCAUGCACCUUCCAGAAAACGCACUAACCGCUCCUGCGGCCCGUGUGAAAGGCCGCCGUGGAAGGCCACCCAAGCGUCCCGCCGCUGCCAUCCAGCCUCCAACAACAGCCAACGCUGCCACAGGAUUCCGCCUGGAGGGGCUGCAGACCGGUGCUUCCCGACAGGGUUUCCGCCGAGGGGCCAGCAGGCAUCGUCGCGGCGGCCGCCGCACGCUCGCAUCGGGGUUGGCACGUCGGGGCAGGCCUCCUAGCCACGGUACGCAGGUGUUCAGAGCGCUGACAUACUCAACUGGAAUGCGCCUAGGGGGACACUUUUCUACUGAAGCUGUCCCAGCCACAGUGCCCUCUGGUGUGAACCGGCGAACAAGUGUGCUGUUCCGCAAGAAACGUUGCUCUGUGGGGAGGGGGCCAGCCGGUCGUGGAGGGCGCCUAGGUCGGACCCCGUCCUCAGUCACUGCCGACCAACCAGCGCUGGACCAGAGCACUCUUCCCACCACUAAUGCGGCUGCUGUCAUUGCACCGAAUCCAACUCCGGGCCCAAGGAAGCGUGGUCGUUCCGGGAGUCAGGGCAGCUCGCCGGGUCCACUGGGUUGCUUCCCUCCACAGACUGAUAGCUUCAAGGUGUAUCGCUCCUAUGAACAAGGCAGCGACUCUGAUCGAGAAUCGUCGAGUGAGUCGUCCGAGUCGGCGUCGAGCAGUUCAUCGGACGAAGCCACUGAGCCAGAUGAAGCCCCCGGGCCUGACCGGCCGGAGAUUCCACUGGAGCCACUGGACCUGGUGUGGGCCAAGUGCCGUGGCUACCCAUGGUACCCGGCGCUCAUCAUCAACCCAGAGAUGCCACGUGGCGGCUUCACCCAGAAUGGUGUGCCCAUCCCUGUGCCCCCGGAAGAAGUGCUCGGCCUGCGAGCUAACUACCCAGAGCCCGUCUAUCUCGUGCUGUUCUUCGACACCAAGCGCACAUGGCAAUGGCUGCCGAGAAACAAGCUCGAGCCGCUGGGUGUCGACACGGCCAGAGACAAGGCGAAGCUGGUGGAGUCAAAGAAGCCGGCCGAGCGCAAGGCCGUCAAGAAGGCCUACGAAAAUGCCAUUCUACAUCGCUGCCGUGUCACUGGACAGUCCACAGGCUUGUCGGGAGAUUCGAGUGGCGACGACCAAUGAACUCUCUUCCUCCCUUCCUCAGGACAAAACGUCCUCCUCGCUGUCAGUACAGACAGUUCCCGCCGAAAUGGAGUGCACUAUAGUUCGAGCAUUCUCAAGUAUAGAGAGACUUUCUCGGUGAAUCUGUGCUGUCCGAAGAUAAAAACUAGCGAAGAAGAAAUUGUCUGUACUGGUCUAUACGACGUGUGUGUGAAGUCAUGAAUUUUUUUUUGCACGUUUAUGCGCAAUGUAGUAUUACGUUACGUUUGAAUUAGAACGCCAUAGUCUUACACCUAGAUUUUUUAUUGCUGUCCUUGUUUUUUGUUCUCUGUAUUCAUAAAAGAAAACGCCACGUGAAUAAACCUGUUUAACAAAGCUA